UGUGUGUUAAGCUAGUUGAAGCUAAGGCUCGGUGGAACUGUCAGUUAUAUUCUUAUCUAACGAAGCCAGACACGCACACGUGCUCGCCCAUGAGGCCACAGUUUAACGAUUUAGUGAACACACUCCUGUUUAGAGAGUGAGUGAGUGAGUGUGUGUGUUUGUGUAUGUGUGUGUAGAUGCGCUAAAAUGCUCAUGUGUCUCCUGUUGGUUCAGCUCGUCCUCUCCAGCAGCUCCGGGUCGCCGCUCUCUCUCCCUCCUGCAGAACCUUUCACUCGGGUGUCCAACAUGUCCGUGGACUGGGUCGGUUACGGGUACGCAGCGCUGAUCGCUUCCGGCGGAGUCAUCGGUUACGUCAAAGCAGGCAGCGUCCCCUCUCUGGCUGCAGGUCUCCUCUUCGGGGGCCUUUCAGGUUUUGGUGCCUACCAGAUCUCCAACGACCCCAAGAAUAUUUGGGUUUCCCUCGCUACUUCAGGAGCUCUGACUGGCGUAAUGGGAAAGAGGUUCUAUGGGUCCAGGAAGUUCAUGCCAGCGGGCUUGAUGGCUGCAGCAAGUCUUGUGAUGGUGGGGAAGCUUGGCGUGUCAUUGCUCCAGAAACCACAGCCGUCCUGAAGAAGUGAAGAUUGUGAAGUGUGUCCCAUCGUCUGCUUCAGGAGCCGUGUGUCAUUCAGUGUUUAAAUAUAUCUUUUGAAAUAUUUCCCAUGUCACAUGUUUGAAAUAUAAUACUUUGUUUAUAUAAUAAGAA